UUGAAAUUGAGAAUAUUCAUUGGAUCAAUUUCAAGACAAAUAUCCCAAGUCAGACUGGCUGCUGUUGAGCAAAUUUUUAAUGAAGAAAAACAUCCAUAUAUUGAAAUCAAGACUUAAAAAGAACAUUCCUAACUAAGCACUUAUGGGAGGUCACAAGUCACACUGAGUGGAAAAGCACCCAGAGUUUUCUUCCGUUACAAACGAAAUGAGUAUUCCCAUGCUGCUGCUGCUGCAUCCUCACGGACGUUUCCUCAAAGGCCUUUUCCAGACACACUUCCAUCAUUACCGCUUCCCGUUUCACCCAAGUCCUCAUCUCGGAUCAGGAACCCCGUGUGCUCAGCCAUUUCAGUCAUGUGGGCUCCUUUGUGCAAAGUCGAUGCUGCUGACAAACGGUCUGAGGAGGAAAUUAUGUGUACAAGCCACCUUAAAGGGCCACACAGAAGGACUUUCUGAUAAAGAACAAAGAUUUGUGGAUAAACUUUAUACUGGUUUAAUCCAAGGGCACAGGGCCUGUUUAGCAGAGGCCAUAACUCUCGUAGAAUCUACUCACAACAGGAAGAAGGAAUUAGCCCAGGUGCUUCUUCAGAGAGUAUUAGUCCACCACCGAGAACAAGAGCAACUAAAUAAUGGAAAGCCACUAGCGUUUCGAGUGGGGUUGUCUGGACCCCCUGGUGCUGGAAAAUCAACGUUUAUAGAGUAUUUUGGAAAAAUGCUCACUGAGAGAGGGCAUAAAUUAUCUGUGCUAGCUGUGGACCCUUCUUCUUGCACUACUGGUGGAUCACUACUAGGUGAUAAAACUCGAAUGACUGAGUUAUCAAGAGAUAUGAAUGCAUACAUCAGGCCAUCUCCUACCAGUGGGACUUUAGGAGGUGUGACAAGGACCACAAAUGAAGCCAUUCUGCUGUGUGAAGGAGGGGGUUAUGACAUCAUUCUUAUUGAAACUGUAGGUGUGGGCCAGUCGGAGUUUGCUGUUGCUGACAUGGUUGACAUGUUUGUUUUGCUGCUGCCACCAGCAGGAGGAGAUGAAUUACAGGGUAUCAAAAGGGGUAUAAUUGAGAUGGCAGAUCUGGUUGCCAUAACUAAAUCUGAUGGAGACUUGAUUGUGCCAGCUCGAAGGAUCCAAGCAGAGUAUGUGAGCGCUCUGAAAUUACUUCGCAAGCGCUCGGAAGUCUGGAGACCAAAGGUGAUUCGGAUUUCUGCCAAAACUGGAGAGGGGAUCACUGAAAUGUGGGAUAAAAUGAAAGAAUUCCAGGACCUGAUGCUUGGCAGCGGGGAGCUGAGUGCCAAGCGACGGAAGCAGCAGAAAGUUUGGAUGUGGAAUCUCAUUCAGGAAAACGUGUUAGAGCACUUCAAGACCUACCCCACAGUGCGAGAACAGAUCCCACUUCUGGAGCAGAAGGUUCUCAGAGGAGCCCUAUCCCCAGGACUGGCAGCAGACUUGUUGUUGAGAGCUUUUAAAAGCAGAGACUAAUAAAACGUAUCCUACACAACCAUUUUA